GAAAAGGAGGGAGGAGGUCGGAUGCAGUAGCGCCGCCACUCCGAGUCCAAACUCUGCGCACGCGAGACACUCAAAGCUCCACGCGUUGCAAGGAAGGAAGGAAGGAAGGAAGGACGGGCGCACGCGCAGACUAUUCCUAUCUAUCUCUCUAUAUAUCUAUACCUAUACCUAUAUAUUCUUUCAUCCUAAGGUCUAUUUUGAAUCCAAGAAAAAGGGAAAGAAGAAGAAGAAGAAGAAGGAGAAGAUGCCGUUUCACGCGCGUCCCUUUGUGCGCCGGAGAGCCGCGCAGAUCCUCGCCUCGGUCUGUCUGCUGUCCAUCGGAUUCACCUGCACCGGAUCAGAGCACGCGGCGACGGUGACGCACCCGCUCCCUGCCGCCUUCUCAGACCUGCUGCCCCACUUCCUGGUGGAGCCGGAUGACGUCUACAUCGUAAAGAACAAGCCGGUGACGUUGACCUGCCGCUCCACGCCUGCCACUCAGAUCUACUUCAAGUGUAACGGAGAGUGGGUGCACCAGGAUGACCAUUUGAUCGAACGCACCGUCGAUCCAGCGACAGAUUUUCCAGUGAUGCAGGUGAAGAUUGACAUCUCACGCCAGCAGGUGGAGAAGAUCUUCGGGCUGGAGGAUUACUGGUGCCAGUGUGUGGCCUGGAGCACGACAGGAACCCAGAAGAGCCAAAAGGCUUUUGUGCGCAUCGCUUAUCUGAGGAAGAACUUUGAGGAGGAGCCGUUGGGCAAAGAGGUGGCGCUCAACCAGGAAGUGCUCCUCCGCUGCCAUCCUCCAGAAGGUGUCCCGACUGCUGAGGUGGAAUGGCAGAGGAACGACGAGUUGAUCGACCCCAAGACUGACCCCAAUUUCUUCAUCACAGUGGACCAUAAUCUCAUCAUCAAACAAGCCCGGUUGGCUGACACUGGCAACUACACCUGCGUAGCCAAGAACAUUGUGGCGCGACGGAAAAGCUCCUCAGCUGCCGUGAUUGUUUACGUGAACGGCGGGUGGUCCACGUGGACUACGUGGUCGGCGUGCAGCGCCGUGUGCGGCCGCGGCUGGCAGAAGAGGAGCCGGAGCUGCACUAACCCCGCCCCCCUGAACGGAGGCUCCGCCUGCGAGGGCCAGAGCGUCCAGACGAGCGCCUGCACAGCCACCUGUCCAGUGGACGGAGGCUGGAGCGAGUGGAGUAAAUGGUCAGCAUGCGGGGCCGACUGCACCAUGUGGAGGAGUCGGGAGUGUACUCAGCCUGCACCGGGUACCGGCGGCAAAGCAUGCCAGGGUCUCGACCUGCAGUCACAAAACUGUACGAGUGAACAGUGUCCACAAACUGUAUCUGGUGCGGAGGACGUGGCGCUCUACGUGGGCAUUGUUGCUGUGGCACUGUGUCUCACUCUGCUGCUGGUGAUCCUUGUCCUCGUGUACCGGAGGAAGAAAGAAGGGCUGGAUGCGGACGUCGCCGACUCGUCCAUACUCACUACCGGCUUCCAGCCCGUGGGCAUCAAACCUGCCAUGCCAGGUGUGUGGGCACCAGACCGGGCGCAGCGCUGCAAAAACUCUCACCUGCUCACGAUCCAGCCGGACCUGACCACGCCCGGUUACCAGGGCUCGUUGCGUACGCGUCACGACCCGACUCCGAAAUUCUCUCUGAGCGACGGGCCGCUGCUGGAGCCUCUAGCGAACGGGUCGCACACCAUGGCCAACGGCAAAGUGACCGGAGACAGCGGACACCUCACCAGCCGCCUCACCGCACAGAGCUACUUCAAAACUCUGCCGCGCGACGCCGUCCACACCUCCUACGGCACCUUCAACUUCCUCGGAGGACGCCUUACCAUCCCCAACACAGGGAUCAGCCUGCUCAUUCCUCCCGAGGCCAUCCCCCGAGGCAAGAUCUAUGAGAUUUACCUCACCGUGCAGAGGAAGGACGAUGUGAGACUGCCCCUGGCUGGGUGCCAGACGUCGCUGAGUCCGGUGGUGAGCUGCGGCCCGCCGGGCGUCGUUCUGACUCGGCCCGUCAUCAUCAGCAUGGAGCACUGCUCCGAUUCCUGCACGGAUCACUGGGCCAUCAGGCUAAAGAAACAAACCUACGAGGGCACCUGGGAGGACGUACUGCUGCUUGGCGAGGAGUCGGUGUCCGAGCCGUUUUACUGCCAACUGGAGGCCGAGACGUGCCGCGUAUUCACCGAGCAGCUCGGACGCUUCGCUCUGGUCGGAGAGUCCCUCAGCAUGGCCGCAGCCAAGCGCCUCAAACUGCUGCUGUUUGCCCCGGCCUACUGCUCCACGCUCGAAUACACCAUCCGUGUCUACUGCACCGAUGACACACACGACCUCAUCCAGGAGGUGAUGCAGAUGGAGGCACAGCUUGGAGGUCGCCUCAUUGACGAGCCACACGUUCUCCUGUUUAAAGACAGCUACCAUAACCUACGCCUCUCCAUCCACGACCUGCCCCAGGCCCAGUGGAGGAGCAAGCUGCUCACCGCCUACCAGGAGAUCCCGUUCUAUCACAUCUGGAGCGGCACACAGCGGAGUUUGCAUUGCGCCUUCACGCUGGAGCGGAUGAGCGUGAGCACGUGCGAGCUCUCCUGCACGCUGUGUGUGUGGCAGGUGGAGGGUGAAGGCCAGAGCUUCAGCCUCGACUUCAACAUCUCCAAGGACACCAGGCCACUCGACGCUGAUCUCCUGCUGGUGGACAAGAGCAGCCCAGCUCUGGCCGGUCCGAGCGCCUUUCAGAUCCCCUACCUCAUCCGGCAGAAGAUCUGCAGCAGCCUGGACGCGCCGUGCCCCAACGGAGCCGACUGGAGACUCCUCGCCCAGAGACUCAAACUCGACAGACACAUGAGCUUCUUCGCGUCCAAGGCGAGUCCGACCUCCACCAUCCUGGACCUCUGGGAAGCUCAGCACUUCCACAGCGGCAACCUGAACCAGCUCGCCGCCAUCAUGGCCGAGAUCGGCAAACAGGAGGCCAUGAUAUUCCUGGUGUCCGACGGGGAGUGCUAACACACACACACACACACACACACACACACACGAGUGAAGGCCGGUGAAAAGGUCUAACAGGAGGAAGGACAAAUCUAACAGGGUUUAGCCACCAGUGAGGUGUGCUGUGACUAUAAAUACACUAAACACACACACACACACAAAGUACAUUUACGUCCAGCAAUGAUGUAUAGAACACUCACAGAUGUUGUUCCGGCUCUGUCUUAAAUCACACCUUUUUAAUUCAUCGUCGUGUUCGCCACACUCCUGUCUGGUGGGGUUUUUUGAAAAAUAAAGUACAGGACUGAAAUUUUGUUCGAACUCAAAAGCUGGAAUAAAGCGAGAACGGGGUGGACAAAUCAGUCACAUGGACACGCAGGAGAAGCAGAUUUUGUGUGAGCCUUGUUUCACCCGAAACAAUCCGUACUCCUUCUAGACAUUCGCAAAACGUUUUUAUUUGCUUUCUCGUCAUGUUUCGCCUCGAUCCUUUCACUCGAGUCUGUGCUGCUUGUUCCGAAUCUCGAUCCGACCGACACGUCAGCUCACAGGGAAGCACGCCACGUGCUCGCCGGACUCGAUUCACAGGUUUUACGUGCGAUCCGAGGACAGAACGCCACGGCAACAACUUGCUGACGUUUCGUCAAGGCACCGAACAUGGCGUAUGUUUAAAAAUUGACAAUUACGGUCGAAUCUUUUCAUUUCCUUGAACUAGCAAGCUCGCGCACGGAUCGUAUCAUGUCACGUUAGCAUCCAUUUCCUAACUUGGUCGGUUUCCAGGCAGACCGGACAGCGCUUUACAACUUUCGCUUGCGAGCUCACGGAUUUGUGAUUUGUCCACCCUGACAGGAUUCAGAAAAUCAGACGAGACUGAGGUUACAGCUUGGCCAUAGAAACACGAAUUCACAUUUUAGCAACAUGCGGCACGUAGCAAUAUGCAAACAGAGAAGUCAAGAGCGACGUGAAAAGGAGGUCCGAAGGCAGCCUGCUUUAAUACAACCACCAGCGUGUCAGGCACAUGAGAACGAAAUAGCAAAAAAUAAAUAAACUACAUCAGUCAUCACAACCAGCCGAAACGGAUCAAACAGAGACGAACGUGACUUUGCGUGCGAGCCGUCAGCUUUUCUUUCCCCCUUGACCCACUUCAGGCACCGUAACACAGCGGCACUGCUUCUCCAAAGCCAUAAACACAAAUUCCCAAAUACAUCGAUGAGAAAUCCUGUUGGGGAAUCAAGCAAACAUCUCUCAUAGGAGCUUUACAAGACAUCGCUGAUAGGGAAUGAAAAAAAUUAUUAUAAUAUAAUAUUGAUAAAUAUUUUCAGGGAUUUUUUUUUUUGUGAAAACAAAAAAAAAAACAAAGAAAAAAAAAAAACACAUUUCACUUUUUUUUUCCCCCAAACGCGUCUAAUUUUGAUCAUUUUCAUCAAGACUCCUCUGAAAAAAAAAAGAGAAAGAAAGAGGGGAAUUUGGUAUAAAAUGCAAUACUAUACUUUUGUGGUUUUUAUUCUUCUUAUUAUUAUUAAUUUUAUAAAUUCUCUCCAAACAAAUGUUGAUUGUAUUUGGUAGCUCGUAUCUUUUAGAGCUCUUUGAACUUUCGGCCAUUCUGGAAGACACUGAGUCUGAAAACUCAUUUUGAAAUUUCUCCACGAGACACAAAAAGAGAGCCGGAAAGCCACGUAGCAUCGAAAAGAACAAAAGUGAAAAAUCCUGUCAGAAAUCUGUCACAUGACCAAUUCAUACUGUAAUAAUAUACCAGGAGUUAUCGAGCAAGACGUUCUCCUCUCGGGCUGCUUUCACACUUUCAGAAACGACUGGGUUUUACUUACACAAUCCUGAUACUAUUGGAAAUGUAUUCACUAACCAAUAAAGCUAGGUUUUUUGUCGUUGUUUUUUUUACUUUCGAUACAUCCGACUUUUUAAAGGGUCCCACAUUUUAAAAAAUAAAUAAAUAUAUGAGUGCUCCGAGAGCACAAUAUCCCCUGUUGGCAACUCGGCCAUAACUCUGGAAAAAUGCGACUGAAUUGAACGCAAUUGCAAUAUGCGUAUUACCGACAUAUAAUGAAGAAUCCUGCCAAGUUUGGUGAAAUUCCUCAAAAAAUUGUGAGAGGAGUUGAUUUCAGAAUGAGAGUACCCUUCCUGGGACGGACGUCGCCAUGACAUAAUCCCCCUUCGGGCCUUUCAGCCAGCGUGGGAUUAAAAAUUGUGAGGGAAGUUGAUUUCAGAAAGCAGGCACACCUUGAUGAAAUUGCCGAAGUUUGUAAAUAAUCAUCAAGAGCAUAACUCUGAGAAAAUUUGCCCAAAUUAAAUGAAAUUUCAAUCUGCGUAUAACUGUCAAAGCCUUUUGCCAAGUUUGGUGAAAUUCCUCCACAAAUUGUGAGAGGAGUUGAUUUCAGAAGAACGUACACCUUCAUGAAAUUGUCAAAGUUAUUUAAUCAAGGGUCAAAACUCAAAAUUAAAUCACAACAUGCGUAUUACUGUCAUAUAACAAGGCCUUUUGCCAAGCUUCGAGAAAUUCGUCCAAAAAUCGUGAGAGGAGUUGAUGUCAGAAGGUAAGCACACCUUCAUGAAAUUGUGAAGGUACGAGGUUGUUAAUCAAGGGCUGGAACUCUGGUAAAAUGCGACCGAAUUGAACAAAACAACAAUAUGCGUCCGACCGACAUACAACCCCGAUUCCAAAAAAGUUGGGACAAAGUACAAAUUGUAAAU